ACGGCCAAAUUAAUAUCUAGAGAGAGAGAGAGAGAGAGAGAGAGAGAUGGUGAGAAAUUGUUGGUCAUCGUCAUCAAUCCCUAUUUUUGACAUGAAGGAUUUGCUCGAUCCAGAGAGCAGAAGCAUUCAACUGCACAAGUUUCACACAGCAUGCAAAGAAUGGGGAUUAUUCCAGUUGGUGAACCAUGGCAUGGACUCUGAAAUGGUGGAGAAGCUGAAGCAGGAGAUCCAUGGAUUCUACAAACUGCCCUUGCAAGAGAGGCUGAAAUAUGCAGUGAGGCCAGGCCAAUUUGAGGGCUAUGGCCAGACAAAACCUGCCGGAGAAGAAGGAAAGGUCGUCGAUUGGGGGGAGAGGUUCUACAUGAUCACCAAUCCUCUCUCCAAACGCCAGCCUCAUCUCCUCCCUAACUUCCCUCCAUCUCUCAGAGAAACCCUAGAAACUUACAUCCAGGAGCAGCAAAACGUGGCGAGGGUAAUUCUCGGACUGAUCGCCGAAUCGUUGGGGAUCGACGGAAGGGAGAUGGAGGAGAUGUUCGUGGACGGGAUGGAGUCGGUGAGGAUGAAUUAUUACCCGCCAUUUCCGGAGCCGGAGAAGGUCGUCGGAAUCGUUCCCCACUCCGACGGCUCCGCCGUCACCACUCUCCUCCAAUUGAACGACGUCGAAGGUCUCCAGAUCAAGAAGCACCACAAUCACGACGACGCUAGCGAUAAUUGGUUGCCCGUCAAGUUCCUCCCCGGCGCCAUUGUCGUGAUUUUGGGAGACAUCAUUGAGGUGAUAAGCAAUGGAAUUUACAAGAGCGUAGUGCACAGAGCAGUGGUGAAUAGAGAGGAGGAGAGGCUGAGCGUCGCGACGUUCUUCAACCCAAAACUGGAGGCGGAGGUGGGGCCAUGGUCGUCUUCUCCAUCGCCGCGUUUGUUCAGAACAAUCAAAUCUGAGCAGUACGUCCAAGAGUUCUUCUCCAGGAAGCUCCAAAAAAAAUCCUUCCUCAACUACAUGAAAAUUUAAAUAAAAUUAAUCCAUUACAAAUAUAUAUAUAUAUAUAUAUGUAUAUGUAUGCAUGAAACUAAAUUGUCCUUUUAAUGGUCACCAUAAUGAUAUAUCCAGUUUUAUUACAUCUUUACGCCUCUUCUA